UUGCAACUAAAGAAAGAACUGACGGCGGCUCGCGUCUCUCGCCUCGAGCGUCUCGAAGCCCUCGACCGGCAGGUCGCAGCCGAGCGGGAGGAGCUGCAGUCCAGGCAGGAAUCCCUGCAGAUUUCCGUUCUCAUCACCGAGAUGAACGAUGUGCUUCUCGACGGAAAGGGGGAAGUGGAGACCACCGUCGAAUGGGAGUCGCAGGACAACGAGGACCUGUUCGAAGGCGAGGACGACAUGGCCGACGUCAUCACCACGGCCCUUUCCUGGGACGAAGGCGAGGACCUGGAGGUGGUAGUGGAGCUGGUCAUGCUCGACGAGGGCCUCUCCCUGAUGGUAAACGGCGUGCAGAUCCGGCAGGACCGCGACGCCCUGGAGCGGGCAUUGCUGAAUGCUUUCCGAGAGCAACUGGAAGUUUAG